AAGCCAUUGCAUCAACAUUAUUUUUGUUAUUCAUUUAUCAUAUCCUAAAUUUAUAUUAUCUCUUAAGUUUUUAGUUAUCUUUGUUUCUUCUUUAUUCUCCUCCACUUGGCAGGCAAUUGAAGUAUAGCAAUGGCUUCAACUUUCACGACGGUGCCUUCAAUGAUAAUGGAGGAAGAAGCUCGAUUCGAAGCAGAGGUAGCAGAGGUGCAAGCAUGGUGGAACACUGAUCGCUUCAAGCUAACUCAUCGCCCAUACUUGGCCCGAGACAUCGUCUCUCUUCGAGGCACCCUCAGGCAAAACUACGCCUCAAACGACCUAGCCAAGAAGUUAUGGUGUACCCUUAAGAACCACCAAGCUAAGGGUACUGCCUCUAGGACCUUUGGUGCAUUGGACCCUGUCCAAGUCACCAUGAUGGCAAAGCACCUCGACACGAUUUAUGUGUCGGGGUGGCAGUGCUCGUCUACACAUACUUCCACGAACGAACCUGGCCCUGACCUUGCUGACUACCCCUAUGAUACCGUCCCCAAUAAGGUGGAACACCUCUUCUUUGCACAACAAUAUCAUGAUAGAAAGCAAAGGGAGGCUCGUAUGAGCCUGCCUCGCGAGGAGAGGGCUCAAACACCUUAUGUUGAUUACCUUAAGCCUAUUAUUGCUGAUGGGGAUACUGGUUUUGGUGGUGCUUCUGCUACUGUUAAGUUGUGUAAGCUUUUUGUGGAGCGUGGUGCCGCUGGAGUUCAUAUAGAGGAUCAGUCUUCGGUGACUAAGAAGUGUGGUCAUAUGGGUGGUAAGGUUUUGGUACCGGUUAGUGAACACAUCAACCGACUCGUGGCUUCUAGACUACAAUUUGAUGUGAUGGGGACUGAGACUGUUUUGGUGGCUAGGACUGACUCUGUGGCAGCUUCCUUAAUUCAGUCUAAUAUUGAUACUCGCGACCACCAGUUCAUCUUGGGGGCUACUAACCCGGCUCUUCGUGGCAAGGGCCUUGCUACUAUCCUCUUUGAGGCCACCAAUUCAGGUAAGUCAGGGCCUGAGCUGCAAGCUCUAGAAGACAAGUGGCUAUCAAAAGCACAACUGAAGACUUUCUCUGAAUGUGUAAGUGAUGCAAUCAAGGGACUGAAUGGAAUAGGUGAAAAGGAGAAGAAUAUGAGACUUAAUGAGUGGAAGAAUCACUCAAGCUUCGAUAAGUGUUUGUCCAAUGAAGAAGCCAGAGAGGUUGCAUCAAAGUUAGGUCUCCAAAACCUGUUUUGGGACUGGGACUUGCCAAGGACUAGGGAAGGGUUCUACAGGUUUAAGGGGUCCGUCGAUGCUGCCAUUUUGCGUGGAUGGGCAUUCGCUCCUCAUGCAGACUUAAUCUGGAUGGAGACCUCGGGUCCUGACCUCCUCGAGUGUACUAAAUUCGCCAAUGGGGUGAAGUCGAGGCAGCCUGAAAUGAUGUUAGCCUAUAAUCUCUCGCCUUCAUUCAAUUGGGACGCGUCUGGUAUGAAUGAUCAGCAAAUGAUGGACUUUAUCCCUAAGAUUGCCAAGCUCGGGUUUUGUUGGCAGUUCAUUACUCUUGCUGGUUUUCAUGCUGAUGCUUUAGUCAUUGACACUUUUGCUAAAGACUAUGCUCAGAGGGGUAUGCUAGCUUAUGUUGAAAGGAUUCAAAGGGAGGAAAGAACUAAUGGAGUUGAUACUCUUGCACAUCAGAAAUGGUCGGGUGCCAAUUACUACGAUCGUGUGUUAAGGACUGUUCAGGGUGGUAUCACCUCAACCGCGGCCAUGGGCAAAGGGGUUACGGAGGAACAAUUCAAGGAAACAUGGACUAGGCCAGGAGCGAGUUCGGACAUGGGUAACGGGGAUGUGGUGCUUGCUAGGCCAAGGAUGUAACAUGAACGAAGUUGAGUACUACAAAUGUAUGGGUUGGAAGGAUGAUAUAAAAAGAAAUGGACACUAGUUAUAUAGUACAAGUUCUAAAAUAAUUCAACACUUCGUUGAGUCAAUUUUCAAUUAUUGACUAAACAGAUUAAAACCCAUAUUGAUCAAUAUGGUUGAUAAUGUUUCUAGUAAUUACUGUAAUUCCCAAUGUUUGUUACAAAUAUUUUCAAGUGUAAGAUGAAAUUUCAAAACAUGUAUUAUGAUUUGCAGUGUAGCAGUGAAGUUCACACCAUUUUUUACAUAAUGUAAUACUGUCUACAAAUAAUGAAAUCUUUUU